AUGGAUCCUGACAAAGCGUUGGUGAUGCAAGUUGAUUCAGUGGGGUUUUCAGCUCAUCGAAUCUCAUUUGGUGGUGUCAAGGGGAUCUUGCAUACCGAUGUGCAAUGGUCUCAGCAUUUUCAUGUGGGCGGUCUCAUUUCCAUCAAGGGAUUCCAGACACAAUGGUAUGAAGGUGAACUCCAGUUCUAUGCCAUGAGUAAAGACGGAGCCAUGAUUUUCAUGCAUGCCUCUGAGAAACGUGGGCGAUUGAAUACCAUGGAGACUUUCGCAGGUCUUGCUGGAUGGACACAGGUGUUGAAGCAUUUUGAUGACCAGCCAGUUUUGUUGGUUGAAGCCGACUUAGAAACUGCAAAGGUUUGUGCCGCACAGAUGGAUGCCCCAUGCAUUGAUGCCAAAUCGUAUGUUGACAGGGUGCUCAAUGGUGAACAUUUUCCAGUAUGUGUGUUGGCCGAUAAGGUGGAGAAUCCACUGGUGUGGGUUGCUGCUGGACUGGCUAAUGUGGACCGUGUGGUUGGUUCCCCGCCAUGCCAACCUUGGUCCGGUGCUGGCAAUAACAAGGGUUUGACAUGUGAAGACGGAAGAAUUUUUCUCACUCACCUGGAAUGGGCUGUGUUCAUGAGAAUUUCUGUUGUAGUGGUUGAGAAUGUUGCAGGUUUGCCGAAGCAUGGUGAUUUCAAAGAGAUGGUACGUAAAGUUGCUGAGCAAGGGUUGACCCUUAGGACACAAGGGGUUUUUGCAUGCCAUCAGUUGCUGCCUGUUCGUCGAGAUAGGUGGUUAGGAACUUUUGUCAGCAAUGAAGUGGUUGUUGAUGAGGGACGUGUGAAAAUCGCCAACUAUGUGAAUUUCGCCAGUUGCAUGUUUGCCUGCGUUGCCAAGACGCCCAAGUUAGGGACCUUUGACAUGGAACACAAACGAUGCCAGCCUGCUGAAAGGGAGGAGUUGAUGAUUCCUAAUGAGGCCUUGCAGUUGCUUGGUGACCCCGAUGUUGCACCAUGGUGGUUGAAAGGUUCAUGUGCCGGCAUGACACAUGAUGCCUUGAUUGAGGGUCGUGUUGUAAAAGUUGGCCAGCAAUGCCCAUGUUUCAUGGCUACAUACGGCAAACAACAUGAACUUGACAUGAGCUUGUUGAAGGAAAAGGGGUUGCAGACGAUGUUGAUCCGUGAUGGUCAAGGCAUUCGCAUGUUGUCACCAUGGGAAAUGUUAGCUGCGAUGGCAUACAAGCCAGAGACCAUCCUGAGUUCCAAUGUUCAUGAAGCAUGGAAACAAGCUGGAAAUGGAUUGUCAGCAGUUCAUGCGUGGCUUGCCAUCCAUAGAACAUGCGUGCUGUUGGGAAAAGAUUCACCGUGGGUUGGACAUGUCGACCCAGCAAAACAUGUGUUGGAGGUUGUUCAAGCAGGUAUGCAACUUUCCUGUUUUGAAUCAGUCAAGGCCGCAGGCUUGUGGAAGCUGGUUGAGUGUGACAAUGAGCCUGCAGCAAAGAAAAGUAGGAAUGAGGAGGUGCCUCCAACCGUCCCUAUUCAAGUUGAUGAUGAAGAUGAAGACGGUGUUGCCUCGACAAAAGCAUUCGAGAAGUGUCCCAAGUUUGUGCAAGCCAAUGACCCUAGGUGGAAUGCUACCCUUGCUGCAGUUGGGGGCAACAAGUUGGUCAUUUUGGAACACAUGGAAAAGCAUUGGGUCAUGUUUGUCAAUGUGCGUGAGGGUGAUAAAAUUGGUACGACUGUCAGAAAAGGGAUGCCACAUGCUGAUGCCUGCCAUUUCCUUAGCUUGAGGGUUGAUGACGUCAAGAUGGAAUGGAACCAGGCUCUGCCCAACAAAGCCAUGCAGAAGCUUGUGUUUGAUCCAGUCUUCUCUGUCCUCACAUGCCGAGAAGAAUCAAUGCCGCUUACUCUGAAGCUGCAAGCCGAUGUUACAUGGACAGCACGUACUGCAUUGUCGUACAUGGCUUGUGAAGUCGGCUGCAACCCGGAGUCUUUGUCCAUGUUUCAUGGUAGGAUCGAAAUCCCAGACAAUGCCUUCCUGGGCCAAUAUGAUACUGUGGAGUUUGACCUGAAGUUCAAGGCCUGCUUACCAGCGUAUGUGUCAUGGGAAAGAAGCGGUCGCCAAGUCAAGGAUCCUGGAUUUGUGCCGUCUGCUCAUGAUGCCAGAUGGUGUGUCCGACAUCCCAACAGGAAGAUUGUGCGAACAUGUGCAGCCGAUGCUCAGGCAACAGUGUCAGGAAUUGUUCAGAUGCUUUUCCCGGAUUUGCAUGCCAACACGCCAUGGAGUGUUUUUAGUGACACGGUGGAACUUGCACCAAAUGCCCAGGUCAACUCAGUUGUGAAGUUUACCAUCCAAGGGGAUGGCGCACGUCCAUUCCCAAGAACUGAGGUCACGAAGGUCAGAUGGACGCAAGAGAUUGAUACCCCAUCGGUGCAAUCCAAAAUUGUGAAAGAUUGUCGAACUUUGGUGGUCAGAUCGCCCUUUCGAGCAAAACCUUGCGAAAUCAAAUGUCCCAAUGAUGCAACUGUAGCAGAAAUCGCUGCGAGCUACCUGACCAUGUCAAAGGUCUUCACAAGCAUGAUUGCCUCACAGAAUGGGCAAGUUGUUGACCCUUUGAUGCGUGCAGAGUACAUCAAUGAAGCGGCAGUGCUUGACGUGAGAAUCUGUCCUUUGAUGGGAGGUGGAAAGGCUGAAAAGAAUGAGAUGUUGAAAAGUAAAUUGAAGUCCAUGCUCACUGAUCGAGGAGUUCCACAAGACGCUGUUGUAGACAGGGUUACGGACUUGUUGAGUAAGAUUCAGUAUGACAAACUGAAUGCACUUGGUGAUCCACAGGAGGCAGGUACAUGGAAGACUCUCAAAGAGCUGGCAAGUGAGGCACGUUUUCGUUUGAUUUUACCUGCCGAGCUGAAGGCAUUUCAACAAAAGAAUCGAAAAGAAAAGCCUUCGACAAAGAGUGAAGUCAAGAAACCCAAAACCUUUACACCAGAAGCUCAUGCCAUUCAGGUGGAUCCUGCUCACUUUCAAGCAGAAGGAAAAAAGGUGCAAAUGUUGGAAACCAGCCGUUUUGGGCCGGACCAGUCAGGCUUAUGCAUAGUGUCGCCAGCAGAAGCGCAGAGAUGUAUGCAAGUUUUGGCUCGGUCGUGUGAUCCGUUAGCCCUGUUGGUCAUUGGAGAAGGGGUGCAACAAUUGGGAAGUACGUUUUCGAUGCCUGCUCACUUGUCCAAUGGGUCGCCAGUGAUUGUCAAAGCAUGUCUGUUACAGUUUGGUGACACUGACAUUGAGUUCAAGUUGCAGCUGCCCAUGGCUGAUGUUGUGCAGACGGCGUCCACAGUCAUCGAGUUUGGCAUUUAUAAGAACUUUGUUGGAAGUUGGCAAGAUACUGCUGUUCCCCUGCACUAUGUUGGUGUCCAUGUACCUGCAUUAAGGGGCAAUAACCUUUUGGCGGUUUGGAGUGUCAAAGCUUGGAAUGACAACAAAGUUGUACACCAUCAACAGGCCAAUCAUUGGCAUGGAUACUUUCGUGUUGCUGAUGUUUUACUUGCACAGGUUUUACCCCGAAGUGGAUCUGCAGGCAUUUUCAUGAACCCAAAGACGCUUGACAAGAAGCAUGAUCCACGGUACACCACAGUUUCUUUGCCUGCAAAGCAGUUGAGUGAGGUCAUGGCCAAAGCAGAGGCCUGCUCCAAAGCCUUGGGAAUUGCCAAAAUUGGGGAAAACUUUGCCAUCAGAUGCCUGCGUGAGGACGCAAUUUGCAUUCGAGCUCAGCUGUUGCCUGAAUCAGCCUUUGUUGAAACAGCGACAUGUCCCCAGGAUCAGGUAUUGUUUGUUGCCAGAAAUGUCCCACAAGUUUGCCGUGAAGAAUUGACCGAAGCGCUGAAGAAGACUGGAUGGGAAGCAACAGCUGUCCGUCCCCAGGGCAUGAAUCGGUGGAUCAUAGCAGCCAAGUCAGACCCAGCCAACAGUCAUGUCAUCAUCAACGGAGCCAUAAUGAUGGUCGAAAGGCUCAAUAAGGGCCAAGACAGCGUGCCUAUCACCAUGGUUGCCAGAGAGGUCAGAGUCAACACGACCCAAGAAAAUGGGGUAGUCUCCACCACCUCCAGGUUUGCAGAAUUCCGUGCACAGGUUGAAACUCAGAUUUCUCAAGCUGUUGAAGCAAAACUGCAGAUGGCCAAUACCAAGAUAGAGCAGCUGACGCACGCACUUCAAGAGGUUCAGAACAAAGCCGAGAUGUCGCACUCAAAUCUUGCAAGUGAUCUAGGACAGGUUCGAGAGGAACAAGCCUUCACUCAGAAGAAACUUGCUGAAGUGGAAUCAACUGUGGCCAGCAAUGGUCAACAGAUAAUCGCCCAAAUGCAGAACAUGUUCACAAAGAUGCAGGCCAACAUGGAGCAGACGGUGCAAGCAUUGGUCAAUGAUCCUGACAAACGACAGAAGACCGAAGCCAAGAAUGAUCCAUUUGCCAAGAAGGUGUUGGCCUUUCAGGUGCACUGCAGAUCGGGGAGCAACGAAGAGUUGUCCAUGCCCAUGUUACCACCCAUAGCCAUGCCGAAGUUUGUGGGCGGUGGUUGGACAGGACUCAUCAACCGACUCUUUGCAAGCCUGAAGUUCCAAAAGGUGACCGAUGUCCCAAUGUUCCUGGUUGUGAUCCUUGUCACACGAGAAGCUUUGAACCCGGGACCGGUGGUGGUCCGCACUUUCAAUCCUGCACAGCUGCUUGGUCAUGAGAGUGAAAUUUGUAAAUGGCCGGAUGGAAUCUGGUUCAGCGAUGCAUUGGUCCACUUGGGACAUGGGGUUCGUGCGUAUGUUUGCGUUGCGUAUGCACCACCUAUCAAUAACUGCACUUAUGCCAAUGGUGAAAAGGUUUUUCUUAAUGCCAUUCUGCCUGGUCUUCAAAGAGCCACCAACUAUAAGGGCCCCGCUCUGAUUACUGGUGAUUUCAAUCGUGAUUUGGGAGAUUGCAUUUUUUGGGAAUCCUUGCGUGCAAAGGGAUGGCAUGAUUGCGCUGAGCUUGCGUGGAUGAUGCAUCAGAAAGUUCCAGAACCCACUUGUAAGGAUGCCGCACGAAGAUCUUUCAUUUUGGUGAAUGACAUCAUGGCGAAGUUUUUUAAAGACUGCGGUACGGUUGACCACCACAUGUUUGAUGCUCACCCGGUCUUGGAGGCUACGUUCGAUGUUGGUGAAAGUCCGUGUUGGAAACAGGUGUGGUCGCUUCCCCGAAGUGUGGAUGGCCUGCUUUUUGAUAAUGCGAUGUUGGAGAAAAAUUGUGAGGUGGCUUGUAACAGAAGGGGUCAUAAAUUCCAGGAGGCCCUGGCUCUUGGACAUGCUGACAAAGCACUCGAGCAGCUUGCACUAGCUUUCGAUGACAUGAUACGCCAUAGUGCAGUCGAUGUUGAAGGUCACGAAAUACCUGUUCCUGCAGCAUGUUUCAAGAGAUGUCGUGCCAAAGCUGUGAAGAAAAAACCCAUUUCUGCACACGUUCUUCGGCCAGGCAGAGAGGGGGACGUUCAUGUGUCCAUAGGUCAAAUCUCUAUUAAACUCAAACGUAGGGUUACUCAGUGUCGACGUCUGCUGAGCUUGGGUAGACAACUUCGAGCACGUGAAAGGAAUCCUACAGGUGAGAACUUGAUGCAAUGCAAUAUGCUUUGGAUGGCUAUUUGCUCUGCCAGCGGGUUCCAUAAAGGGUUUCAGCAAUGGAUCUUGGAUGAAAUUGGAUGGUUUGUCCCUUCCUGCUUGCCUGAACGUGUCUACGUGGAAGGACUGUAUGAAGUCUUGCAUGACAUGGUACAGAAGGAGGUCAGAGGUGAGAGGUAUGAACAAUUCAAGCGCUUCAAUAAGCUCUCACUUACUGAUCUUGCCAAAGGAGGAGGAAUGGCCUAUAAGGCUGUUAAAGAGAAAUCUGCACCACCACCCACCUUUAUGUCCUAUGACGUUGUGCGAUAUUUGCGCAUCUUCCCGGAUAGGAAGGAAGGAUUUCUGAACCGUCUUGUCAACCGAUGCUGGAAGUCCAAUGCUGGAAUUACCAAACAACUUGCGUCGACAUUCAAUGACAUCGGUUGGAGGUGGAUUGACAAGGAGGUCAUGGAACACUUUUCUGGACUUCGGAUGCGAUGGCUGGAGGAUUCUGUUCCAUUUGUCAUGCGGAUGUUGCAUAAAGCUUGGCCGUAUCAUGUGGCCAACCAAAUUGAACGUCCGAUGUUUGACACAGAAACCUUUGAUGCCGCGUCAUUUGCCAAAAGCAUGCGCAAUAGACCGAUGCGCCACCAGGGCAUCUUGCAAACCUAUGCUUGCGGAAAGCAUGUCACCAAUGAUGGGUUAUCUCAUUAUGCCAGCAAAUCUGUGAAUGACAGGUGUGUGUUUUGCGGAGAAAAGGAUGGCAAACUUCACCGCCUUUUUCACUGUAGUGGUUUGAGCGACUUGCGCGUUAAGCAUAAAGAUGUAAUUGAGUGGCUUGGUGGACAGAAUCAGGCAGUCUGGGCCUUUUGUUUGUUCCCCGUGGUUGGACAACCGCUCACCGAGAAAGUUUGUUUGCAGAUUCCUCGCCAAAAUGCCUUGCCUGCCCAGGUACAUGGACGUAGACAUGUUUACACAGAUGGGUCGGCCUUUUUCAAUACACACUGGGAUUGUUGCUUAGCUGGUUCGGCGGUCAUUGAAUGGCAGCGUGAAAAGAAUGUGAUGGUGGAAGUCGUCAGGCAGAUCUUGCCAUUUCAGGAUCACAGUUCUUAUAGAGCCGAAGUUUAUGCACUUGUCCUGGCCUUGGAAAAGUUUUGGUGUAUGGACGUUUUUUCGGAUUGUGAUGCGGUUGUGUCCCAAUUUCAUGCGAUGGGUGAUGCAAUUAAGCGUGGUGGAAAGGUCAUCCUAGGUCAACAUGCAGACUUGUGGGGACAAGUUUUAUGGCACCUACAGCGUAGAAGUGAAGGUGACGUUCAGAUGUUCAAAGUCAAGGCGCAUGUGACAGAUGUGAAUGGUCUUUCGGAGGAUCUGUUGGUGACAGUAUGCGACAGGUUUCUUGAGGCCACUCCCAGGAGAGAGGUGCCGUUGGCCUGCCCUGAUUGGAUUGCCCUUACUAAGGAGAGAUCAAGAUCUCCUCCCAGGCGAGGUUCCUUGCGGAUGGGAGGUCGAGUACUUCCACAGACCGGUGGCUUCACGGACAAGGUUGGCUCUGUGGAGCGCACCAUUGUGGUGACCGGCAUUCCCUUUGGUGCAGAUGAGAAGAUCCUCUUCAAACAUUUCAGCAAAUGUGGGCUGAUUGAUGAUCUGCAGAUGAUCUCCAACAAGAAGGCAGAGCCCACGGGCGUUGCCAUCAUCGAGUUCUCACAGGAGGAAUUUGUGGGACGCGCUGCGGCGCUCACAGCGCCGUUCGAUGAAAUUCUUGGGCAAAGCGUGCAAGCGAAGCGGGCAGAUGCUCAAGUGCCCAAGAAGGACCCUGGACCCAAGAGGACCCUCACCCGGCAGCAGUUCACCCAGCAGGUGCUCAGUGGCCUGAUGAAGCCAUCAGAGAGCCAGAUGAGUCAGAGGAAACUUCACAUCAAGAACUUGCGACCAGUUGUCAGGGACGACGACUUACGCAGCAUCUUCAGGCCGUUUGGCGACUUCGAGGAUUUCUUGAUGGGCAGUGGCGAGUGUUGGAUCACCUACAAGAAUCACAACGACGCUCAGGAUGCCAUGACCUCCAUGCAGGGCUUCCAAUUAGUGGGCCAGGAGCUGAGCAUCACCAUGCUCUCCGUGGCCAAAGCCGAUGGCACCGCCGCGGCCGACGCCAAGGGCGACGCCAAGUUGGACAAAGCUAAGCCGCUGGAUUUGGCCAAAGACAGCGAUUUUGGCGCUACGGGUUCAGGCCCGUCCAACGUCCACAACCGCAUUGAGGUCAUGAAGAAGCUCUUGCAGGCCCACAGUGGCUCCGGCGUCCCCACCGUGGUGGGCCUCGUGGCCCCCUCCAACGGCGGCGCGGCGCCGGCGUCGGCGCCCGCGGCAUCCAACGCGCCAGAGCUGCCGCCGGCGCCGAAGCCUGGGACGUCCACCAGCUGCACGCUGCUGCUGCAGAACAUGUUCCAACCUACCAAGGUGGACCUGACAAAAGAUCCGAAGUUCUACGAUGCGAUUCGCGAGGACACCCACGACGAGUGCGCCAAACAUGGCAAGGUGGUGCAUGUCACUGUGGACCCACGUGGAACUGCAGGACUCAUCUACGUCCUCUACGAGACGCCCCAGCAGCGACUGGCUGGAGAGUUGGCUCUCAAUGGAGCCUGGUUUGAGGGGAAGAAGAUCACUGCUACAGGCAUCGAUGACUCCAUCUGGCAAGACUUGGCUUCGCAGGCCGCGCCAGCCGCGCCAGCCGCGCCAGCUCCGGUUCAGCUGAAGCGUGCCAGGUUCACCAGGCUCCCGUCGCGAAGGUCGAAAGACGUGACAAAACGUACUACAGUCAUAGGGGGCGAACUGGGUCCCGCUCUUCAGGGUUCGGUGCUGGCGGCCUUGCAAGGUCCGAGUCCAGAUCGGGACGCCUCCAACUUGGGCCAAGCGUUGGCGAGGCUCCUGCGAGAGCUUCCAGCUUGGCAUGAGUGGGCGGUGUCAGAUGCAGCUCAUGGGGGAGCAGAUGAUGAGGACGCACCGCCUGAACCUUCCACCAAGCGCCGCCGUAAAUCUUCUGGCGCUGCGAUGGGUGCUUCAAUGACGCGUGUUCGACGGGCUCGUGCCGAUCGGACAGGUUUGUAUCAGUUGGCCUUGCUGUUGCGCAACUGCUGCUCAGUGGAAGCUGUCCUGCUGAUGCUUCAGUCGGCCCCGGAGCUGUGCCAGUUCUUGGCUGACGUACUUCGAGCAGUGCUAGGUAGUGAACACGCACCACCGCGAACCAAGGGCCUAUUCCUGGAAGCCAUUCCUCCGCUGUUGUUGAAGGCGGAGGUGCUUCACAGAACUGCCAAGACCGAAGACCCCGAGAGUCUGUCGGCGGCGGCGGCCAUGGUGGAAAGCACCGUGCGCGAUAUGGUUACCAACUACUUCCCGUUGAACAGUCGUGAAUAUCAACGGAAUACGGAUGAAUAUUCCACCUACCUGGUGUUGCUGGAAGGUCUCUUUCGCGCUCUCGAGAGGAGUGCCCCUUCCAUGCGUCUGUUGGGUGCCUUGCACAGCACUCUACGGGUGGAAGAUCAUAGGGAAGGCCUGCGCCUCCGGGAAUUCGUGAAACGUUUCGUGCGCCACGUGGUCGCCAUGCCGUCAUCGUCAUCGUCGUCUGGUGCUGCGGCAACUUUCAAGGCGUUGCUGCAACUCUUUUUGGACCAAACCUUGGACGAUCGGCUGAAUGACAACAUCCGCUUUGCCAUUCUGGAAAAGUUGGCGCUGCCAUUGCUCUGGGAUUUGCUGGCUUCGCCACAGAGUUGCAAGGACUGCUGGAUAGCACACUGGCAACAGCUGCUGCAAUAUGCCGAUCCCGACAUCAGCUUCGCGAACUUGCGCAUGAGAGACGUUGACGCCUUAAAUCUGAAGGUGCAAGAAAUGGCGGGCAUCUAUGGCAUCAUUGAAAUCCUCUUCGUGCGGACCUCGUCGGAGCUGCUGAAAGAACAAGUCCUGCCAGAACUGGGAGGAAGUAGCCCAUCAAGAGAUGUGAUUCUCAUUGGCAAGCGAGCCCUCAAGAAGCCCACCGGCUGGGAACGCGUUGAUCCCAAAGUGCUGCGACGCUGUCAGUUGCGGAUCUAUGCUGCGCUGUCUGCGGCAGUCUGUGCCACGCAGACCAAACACGAGAUGUACUCCGGAUGGCUUUUCGAGAAGGUCAAUUGGGAUGAAACGAUGGUUGAACCCUGGGACGGCAAGAAACCGGAGAUGUCCAAGUUGACGCCUGACAGCCGCUACAACAGCUUUGCCCGCCCUGGCUAUUCCUUCGCCUAUCUCAGUGCUGCCAUGCCGGGCCGUGCGGCUCGAAGAACUCCAGCUGUGCAGACCGAAGAUUCCACCCUGCUGGGUGCAGGGCUGUGGGCUGCCACCCCAGCCACCCAGGGCACUCUGGGGCGAGGCACCCUAGGCACAUUGGGGAGAGCAGCGGCUAGCAAGGCGAGUCAGGAGUUGACGUUGAUGCUACCGGAGAAGCAACGAAGGAAGCUGGCCACCUUUGCCCGUGGCACUGGGGGCACUGCAUCGCAAGUGAUGAGUUUGGUGGUCACCGGGUCGUCAGAUGGCCUAACAUCGGGGGAAGGGGUGCCAUUGCCACCGGGGGAAGAGGGUGCGGCCCUGCGCCUGCAAGCGGUGUUGGCAGGUAGGCGUCUGCAACAGGGUGACGGCGAUCGAGCUGGUACCUGGCAAACUGAAUGGCUUGAACAUGAUGAGGAGUUUUUCGCCAGCGGGCCUUCGACCGAUUGCGCCUUGAGCCUUUUCCUGGUCUUGCUAAGAACCUUGGACGUCUUGACUGAGCGCUUUGGUCUUACUGAGCCUGGAAGCUCCAAGUGGCUACAAGCCAUGUUGGCAAUCGUGGAGAAGGCCUCCGCGGACUUUCGACUGCGACUCUUGCUGCUGCGGGUCUUCAUCCACCGCGCGGAUGUCUUGGAACCCGUCCUGCUGGGACGCAACGUGGAGGUCUUUCGCUUCGUGGUCUCCAUCCUUCUGGAUCCACGUUUUUGCGCUGAGAAGCGCUUUCACUACUUGGCCAGGGAUGCUGUGUCCACAUUGCUGGUCCCUAAGCUUGGCCAAGAGGUCCCUCAGGCGGCUCUGCCACGUGAUUGCUUGAUGGAUGCUGAACGGCUGCUACAUCAGCUACAGAUCACCUGUCCGCAUAAGAUGACCUACUGGCAGAAAGCGCAUCUCGGCAUUCUGCGGCUCUUCGCCUCCUACUAUUUGAGGCCUGGCUGCACCAUCCAGCCUGAUGGAAAGGUUUUGCUGCGUCAGUUGACAGCCAAGAACCGGGAGAACGCCAUGGUGCUGCAACAGAGUGGACUGAGGCAGCUGGUGAUCUUUUUAGAGUACACUGGCUUCGACCCUAUGAUUGCCGGGAGCCUGGAUGGUAGUUCAGCAGAAAAAGCUUGGAAGGACGCCUUGCUGAACUGCGUCUUGGCGAAGGACCUGCAGCUAGCGGCGUAUGCCUGCGGCGCCAUAGCGUUGUUGGCGAAGUGGCAUCCAGCCGCAGGUCGACAGAUCCUGCAAGAGUGCUGCGCCAUGGUGGAAUCUCCACCUAUUCAGGCUCGGCUGCAAGACCGCAGCGACGGCUUGCGCCUGGCUCUGUGUGCAGAGCAGAUCUUGGUGAUGUGUCCCUGGGCGCUGUCUGAUGCCCCAGAGGAGGCCGAGGCUCAAGUGAGUCAAGCGAUGAGCGAUGAUCGCAGCCCGCCCAGGAGAAAGCUCUUUGCGCGGAUGCUGCAGCGGCUCACAACUGGCAAUCUGAAGGUUCUCAGGGCCCUUCUAUCUGGUCUGCUUGAACUCUGUCGAGACUGCACGCAGCCGGAUGAGUCCGGCGUGUCGCUGAACAACGUGCUGGACGCCAGGCGACCCCCGCGACCUACGGGGGAUGCGUUGCGCGCGGUGCGCCGUUCGCGAUUGGAGGAGGUUUUGUUGACACUGAGAGCAGGUGAGAUCUGGCGCCGAGCCUUGCAGUGCAAAGACGCUGCGGUGCAACUGGUCGCAGCGCGGCUGGUUUGUGCUGUGACUGGUCAGCUGGAUGAUGAAGCACUACUUUCCUGCUUGGGCUUGAUGUUGGAGGCAGAAGCGGCAUUGCGUGAGAACUCAUCGGCCGACAGCGUGGAACACCGCAUUGCCUUCGAAAGAGAACUGUUGGCUCUGUGCGUCGCUGUGUGCGACAGACGGCCAGAUGUGGCCAGGGGCGAGGUCGCGGAAGGAGUUCUGGGUUUUUUGGUGCGCGUGGCAGUCUCCGAAGAAUGGCGCGGAGUCAAGGAGGUGGUACUCUUAAAGCUCGGCGAGGCAAAGGCGCAGGAAGUGCAAGAGAUGGCAGACCAAGUGAAAUCCGCCGCGCGAGACUUUUGGGAAGCACAGCUCAGUGGUGAUGCGCCACAGCGUCUGGCAGACCUCUGUCUUCGUUUGGGUGGCAAGAUAGAACAUGAGUCCAGCUUCAUCCCUGCAACUCUGCAGCUUCUCCUGUCCUUGGCUCGGAAAUCGGCCGAUUAUCGACAGAUCAAGAACAAGCCCCUGUCCGACAUUGAGUUCCGUCCCAUGCAGAUCUCGGCAUCAUCUUGGGCCAGCACUGGAUUGCCUCAGACCUUUCAGUUGGGCUCCGCCUGGGCGUCCACGCUACGUGGAUCUCAUAGCCAGACGCGCUCCGGUGCUGGAGGCCGUGCACCUGACGUGGCCGGGUCAGUGGUGGCUUCACUCUCAGCAGAGGCGCUGCCCCGAGAACUUCGUGCUGCAAAGCCAAGGAAGGAGCUGCCGCCAGUGCCGACCUUUGCCGCGCAGGCAAAGUCGACCGCACCAGGAAAAGAGAUGGCGCCAGUUGCAACCGGAACUGGUACAGGUUUGUUGCGGCACACGGAAGAAGACUCGCGCCGCGUGGCCAUCUUUCGGCAGGAACGGGAGACAAAGGCAGCCCUUGCAACCUUGGAGCGCCGCGAACGAGAGGGCAAUGAGGAGGACAGCACCGUUGAUCUCGUGAGUGGCUAUCGCGAGGGAAGCUAUCCAGAUGUGGAGGUGUCGCUGGCGGACAUCUUUGAACCCUUGGCCCGGGCCGCAGCCGAGGACAUGGGCCUGGCAGAAGAACUGCUGUUGGCCAUGUGGUCUGGCAUGGCGAGCGGAGCGACUGUGGAGGUACUUUCUGGCGCCGUCAACGGACUCAUCAAUGGAUGUCUGGGUGAUGUAACCCUGGUGCAUUUCCUCCAUAGCUUGGUGGUGCGUUGUCGUGACUAUGGCAAGACGCUGCCGUUGCUGGCCUUUCAAUGCACCUUGGCUUCCUCUCAGCUCAGUGGCAUUCAGGCUUUAGAGGAACUCCUUCCAGAAGGUUUGGGCAAGGCUGGCAUCCUUCGGUCAGCCGUGUGCCGCCCUCCCCCGGCCCUGCUGUGGAGCGAUGUUUCGCCGGCACAGCGCAUGGAUGCGGGCGAUGCGCGCUGCAGUUCUAGUGAGCGUGCUAGUGCUGUGCAAAGAGCUAAAGAGCCAGAGAUUGUUAGCGGCAAGCAAUCCUAUGAGGUCUGGUACAACAGGGCUUUCGCAGCGGAGGUUUGCGAGACAGGGAAUGCCCAUGGAUGUGAAGACCGGGGCCGGCGCCACGUGCUCCAAAGCAGCGUGGCGGCGCUGUCCGGCGCGAGCGCAGCAGUGCCACCAGCGCUGGCCGUGGGCGGGGAUGUGGCGGUGCUGAACAACGGCAUGAAGUUCCCCAAGGCAUCCUUUGGUCUUCAGAUCUACAACGAUGACACGGCGCAGCAGCUCACUGAAAUGGCCUUGUCCUUGGGAUAUCGAAACUUUUUCUCCUCGGUGCUAGCUGGCAACCAGCCGGGCUUCGCGAAAGGUUGGAAAGCAUCUGGCAUUCCCAGAGAGGAAGUGUUUAUUUGCGGGUCUGUGGUGAGCAAUCGCGCUAGGGGUUUCAAGGCAGCUUACAGGGCCACCAAGAGAGGAUGCGAUGCCAAUCUUGCGGCCUUCCUUACUGGGGGCAUCACUUAUGUGGAUAUGAUGAUGCUGGACUAUCCAGGACCUGACUGCGACUCCAUCAAGGGCCAAUGGGAAGCCUUCGAGGAGAUGUUGGCGGCGGGACAGACCAAGAGCCUGGCGGUCAGCAAUUUUUCGCCCGAGCAGCUCGAUUGCCUCUUGUCGAACACCACGGCGACGCCUCCGGCGGUGAACCAGUUGCCGUUCUCCAUCAGCUAUGUGGAACCGAAUGUCUUGGAGGAGAACAAGAAGCGUGGCAUUUUGGUACAAGCUUGGGCUCCUUUAGGAGGAAGUACCGGGGGCAUCUCCAAACGAGCUCAACAGCUCUGUGGAGAAAUCGGCAAGAAGUAUGGAAAGAGCUGGGCGCAGGUUGCCUUGCGGUGGAUCGUCGACCAGGGCGCCACAUUUUCAACGCAGACGCGUUCCAAGAAACAUUUUCAGGAGGAUAUCGACAUCUUCGAUUUCAAGUUGUCGGCGGAAGACCUCGCCACUUUGGAAAAGGUGGAUGGAGAAGAUAUGGGACGCUGCAGAGCUGUGCUUAGCGCCCUCUACGCAGCCAGUUCAUCGCUGGGUGAGGAAGCGUCCAUGUCUGCCGUGGUGUCACAGCUGAAAAGCAUCAGAGCCUUCAGUUCACCCCACAGUUCGGUGGCUUUGAACGCUCUGCGCGAAGGGCAGGCAUUGUUGGCUCAGGAGUCUUUGGUAAAGGUGCUGGAUCAGGAGGAGGCAGCUGUACCCAGCUGGGAAUUGCAGAUGGCCAGUGCCGCUCGUAUCAACGCCUUGGAGGAGUUGAUGUCAUGGAAGAAUCUGCGACAAGUCUUGUCUGACGGACCUGACGGACGCGAAUCCAUGGGCACAGAUUUGAAAGAGAAGUCUUUGCGCAGCGCGCUGGGCUUAAGCCUCUUGGAGGAUUCCAAAGAAGCGCGCGAUGCUUUGGAAAUUCGACUGAAAGACGCUGCCACCUUUGACCCAGCCGCUGCAUCCCCACAAAGUGCGGCCUUGCUGGCGAUCUAUGCCAUCUCGGCGAAGAAGUGGGACGAUGCAAGACGCUUGGUGUACCAAGGUUACGAUUCCUUCAACACCGGCUGGAACCGAUUGCCCCUUCUGGCAGCUCGCGCGCGACAUGAGAGGCUUUCGUCUCUGCCAUUGUUACAGGGACUUGAAGGAUUCCUGGAUUCCUUAGCGGAUGUCUCCGCCCGACCACAACGCCAUCAGCGACCUCUUAGUCUGUUGCACGAUCGCUUCAGUGCAUGGAUUGACAAUGCUCUUGGCAAGGUGGCCAUGUGCAAAUUACGCGAGGACAGCCAGAAAGAGGCGGAGGCCUAUUCGGAGCUGGGGCAACGCUGCCGGGAGGCGAAGAACUUGACGGUCGCGCAGGACAUGAUGAGACGCUGCUUGCAGAAGAGGAAGAUCCCGGAUUUCCGCUUCUUUGACAACGUCCUGGAGCUCAAAUUGGCGCAACGCGAGAAGCCCUGCAUGGAGCUCUGCUCGGUGGCGCGGAAGGAGAUUUCAAGACACCAGGAACCUGAAAAGUCCUUGCCCUACACUCUGAUCUUAGCCAAGAUUGCGAAGGUGGGUUAUGAGCGAAAUGAGAUGGACUAUCAAGAUGCGUGGCAGGCUCUUAUUUCUGCCAAAGGUCUGGCAGAGAAGUGCAGUACCUGUGAUCAAAGCAAUGCGCACGCGCAAGUGGCAACAUUCGCUGACGCCGUGCUCCGUCGGGAGGAGGGAAGAAACCGCUUGUCGGCUUCGCGGCCCGAGCAGGUCGAGCUGCUUGAGGCAUUGAUCACAGGUGUGCUCACAGCAUUGCGGCUGGGAGACGGAGACGACGGAAUCAGAGAGGCAUUCCAUCAAGCACACGAGCGGCUGCCCCGGGUGUUUGAGCUGUUGGCAAUCUUUAAAGGUUGCAGCCACGUCUUUGAGACGGGGGUUGGGUCCGUGCCUUCUUGGCCAUUCCUACGAUGGUUGCCACAGGCCUUGGCACAUUUGCCCAAUGUGCCGGCGCUUCAGAAACCCUUACAGGACCUCGCUACAGACUACCCACAGGCGCUCUUUUGGCCACUGCAGCUCUCUUCACACCAGGACAUUGUUGGGCAGCGGCACGGCGCAUUCCAACCUCUGUGGGCGGCUUUGGAGAAGACCAAGGCACCCGUACAGACAGCCAUGACCUUUACCAAAGCCUUGGACCGCUUGACACAUCCAGAGAAGAGUCUUCCUGCUGAGCUUCGUGGCUUCCGGGAGGCGUUCUUGGCGCAAGACGCUGCUAGGGCGAAGGAAAGAUGGAGAAGACUCUGGCGCAAGCAUGUGGAGGUGGAGCUGCAAGAUCUCGCAGGGAUGGUUCAUGUGGACUUUGGACAGCGCGUCAAAGUGAAGAUGCAGGAACUUGCACGAAAGCUGGGCUUAGUGGUCGCCGGCGAACUGAGGGACGCCGACCUGCUACCCGGCAAGCGGGAGGUGUGGAUCAAGUUCCUGCAGGAGAUGCAACAGUUGCCCUCCACCAAGCAAUGGCCGAAUCGCAAGGCGCCCAUCGAAGCCUUCUCACCCUGGUUGUCCAAGUUCGAUGCGCGUGGCUCGUGGUUGGGGGUUGAGGAGCAGCUGGAGGUCUUGGGACAAUACAGGGGCCUACGUUGCCCGGAACCGCUCGCGCACGCACGGAUCACACGCUUUGGGUCUCAGCUCCUGAUCAUGGCCUCCAAGCAGAUGCCAAAACGCCUGGUGAUUUUGGGCAGCGACGAGCGCGAACAUUGGUUCCUGGUGAAGGGCGGCGAAGACGUCCGCCUGGACGAACGUGUGGAGCAGCUCUUUGGCAUCAUCAACAGCCUGGUAGCGCCCGAUGCCAUCGGCUUAAGGGUCCGCACUUACGCCGUGGUGCCACUUCUGCCUGACCUGGGCGCGUUGGAAUGGGUCCGAGAAACGAAGCCCCUGAAAGCCAUUGUGCAAGAAGUGGCUAAAGCAAAGGACAUGAGCGAAAUUGAGGCACACAAGCUUCGAAUCGAGUGGUCAAAACGCUUUGGCGGCCAAGCAGUGCAGAGAUACUCCAAGAUCUUUGAGUUGCCCAAAGCUGACGCGGUGGUCGCGUUCCAGCGCUGCGUGGUGGCAAUGCCUAGCUCAGCCUCCUUGAAGGCAUUUUUUUGGAGCAGUGCCAUGGGUCCAGAGGCUUUUUGGCACACGCGGCAACGCUUCGCUGCUUCAUUGGCGUGUGCGAGUGCAGCUUGCUACCUCUUGGGCAUUGGUGACCGACACUUGGACAACUACUUGCUGUGCCUUCGCACAGCAGAGAUCGUGCCCAUCGACUUCGGUUACUCCUUUGGUAUCGGUGCUCUGCUACCGGUGCCCGAACUGAUGCCCUUCCGCCUUACAAGUUUCCUCUUGAGCGCUUUGCAGCCACUUGCAGGGCCAUCAGGGCAUGGCACCUUCCGAGACAGCCUGGAGGAGGUGUGCUUUGUUCAUCCGAGAGCCUUUGCUGGACUGGACCACUGA